AUCAGAUUACACCAACCACAAGAGACAGUAUCGUAGAGUAGCCUGAAGUAUCUUACACGGUUGGCUUUUUGAGAGUAUCGGCAAAUGAUUUAUUCAAAUUAUGAAAUGAAAAGUUUAAAUUUUGAAACGAGUAUGGAAUCAUAAUUACAAAGCAGCUUUGAUCUCCCAAGUAAAUUUAAUUCGUUACAUUUGUGAUGAUAGAUCAUUCAAAUUCUUUAGGGUGAUGCUUUAGAUUCUUUUUAAUAAGAAUGACGUUUGUAGUUUUCAUUUCAAUUCAACUUUGGCACCGUGUUCUAGUUUAUUAAUACAAAGAGUACAUUGUUUGGUGCAGCUGAGUCUGGAGAUGUGGAAAUUCCUCUAAGGAUAUAUCGUCCAAAGUAGUUUAUGUAACACAGUUGUUACGACACGCAGUGUGCCUGAUAUCUCUGAAUUACAGCAUUCUGAAUAUUAGAACAAAAUAAUGACUAACAAACACUUAAAUCUUCAAAUAAUCCUCGUGGUUCAAUGACUAAUUCAUCAGAUUACUUGAAUUCUGAGCAACUGCCGAGUUUUAGAAUAUGACUAUCAUGCAAUUGAUGCAAAGUCGUAAUCAAAAAUGGAUACAAACUCUCUAGUUAUUUUCAGCUGCCUGGUGGUCUUAAGUUUUCAGAAACAGACAAUUAGCAACAAUGAUGUUAUCUCCGAAGACGGAUAUUACUUAGACGCUCUUAAUGAAGUUCUGCCAGCAUCAGCGUCAGAAACUUUACAAUGUCCUUCGACAAAUGUAAUAAGGACUCGUUAUAAAUGCAGGGGCCUUAAUAACGACUGGGUCGAUUGUUCAAGGGCUCAUUGCUGCCCUGAACAUACAUUACUAAAUGGCCAGUGUGUACCAAAAGGCACCGAUCCAUGCAGUCUCAAUUUAUGUGAACAACAAUGCAAUGUAUUGAUGCAGCGAGUAAUUUGUACUUGCUGGGAUGGCUACAAAUUUAGUCCAGAGCGUCAGAAAUCAGGAUUAAAACCAGUAUGUAUGGAUAUAGACGAAUGCGCAGAGAAAUCGGCAGACUGUGAACAGACUUGUACCAAUAUUCCGGGAGGAUUUACUUGUGGUUGUAAAAAUGGAUUUGUUCUUAGAGGCGACAACAGAACUUGCGAAGAACAAAGUAAAUCUGAUGGUGAUACAGUCGCAGCUGCAUCACGAUGUUACGCCAACUGUGACACAGUUCUAAGACUGCAUGAUAAGGUAAAAAAGUUGCAAGAGAAAGUUGUUGCUCUUAGCACAGCUAUAAGAUUGUCAAGUUAUGUAUCUGGACCUCCAGGUCCAAUGGGACCACCAGGUGUUCCAGGGCCACCUGGGUUACGGGGUUUUCCCGGUGUUGAUGGGAAUACCCCUCAACUUAACGCAGAAGGUUUUCGACCUUCAGAACACUCAGAGAAUGAACAGGCAUACUCAAUUUUCAAUUCCUUCAUACCAACAACUGAUGGCUACUGCAAAUGUCAGCGAGGACCUGUGGGACCCGUUGGAGCUCCAGGGAAAACUGGAGCCAAAGGCGAUUUAGGUGAGCGAGGGCCCAAGGGUUCCAGAGGUUCAGCUGGAAAUUUUGACUUCUUAUUGCUCCUUUUGGCAGAUGUUAGACAUGACAUUGUAUUGCUGCAAGAAAAAGUUUUCAAGGAUGUGGCACCACAAAGGUUUGACAUCCACAAUGCCUUAAAAAAGCACCGUUUUAAUAAACAAAGAUCUAAAGUGCACAAGCAGCGUGGAACACCCCGAAGUACCACAAAAUCAGUGUCAUCAAAAGAAUUGAUGAAUAUUUGGGGCAGUGAAAUAGAGGAAUUCAAAAGUGCAAAAAUCGACCAAUUUCCAGACUACUCCUAUGACGAGGAACUUGAAACAUCCGGGGACGACGCGUAUUGACACGAUUAAUAUGAACUCUGCUGAUUGAAAUAUUUGUACCAUUCAUCCGUGUAUUGUUCAACAACACAAAUAGGUCUGAAAAAUAAAUAUGAAUACCCAAAUUCAAUCCA